AUUGGAUUAAUUUUUGUUUUUGGAUUUUUGGGCAUUGUUUGAAUUUCUGUAUUCCCUUUUUUAAAUUGCUUAGAUAUUAUUUAUUUUAAGCCCGGGGUCUAUCUGGAACAAUCUCUCUGUUUUUACAAGGCAGAGGUUUUUAAGGUUUUUGGGAAUGGAUGAGGUCAAGAAAUCAGAGGGUCAUAUGACAUCACCUGCGGCUUUUGUGGAAGGAGGAAUUCAAGAUGCCUGUGAUGAUGCUUGCAGCAUUUGUCUCGAGGCUUUCUGCGAAAGCGAUCCUUCCACGGUAACUAGCUGCAAGCAUGAGUUUCAUCUCCAGUGCGUCCUGGAAUGGUGUCAGAGAAGUUCUAAUUGUCCAAUGUGUUGGCAGUCCAUAAGUCUGAAAGAUGAGAUGAGUCAAGAAUUGUUUGAGGCUGUGGAACAAGAAAGGAAUUUUAGAAUUAAUGCAGAAAGAAAUGCUACACUAUUUCACCUUCCUGAGCUAGGAGAUUUUGAAUUGCAAAAUUUACCUGUGGAUAUUGAUGAUCCUGAACUUGAAGAGCGCAUUCUUCAGCAUUUGGCUGUUGCUACUUCAAUGGGAAGGGCUCACCAUAUGGGUCAAAGGGACGGCUCAAGGAAUAGCUCAUCCACCAACGAACGUCCACAUUUUUUAGUGUUUCCAACUCAUGAUAAUUCAUCUCCUACCACUUCUGUUUCACCUUCUCCUACUGGAUCAAAUUCAGAUUCUGCUGCAGCCGCAAUAGUUGAUUCCUCUCUUCCCAUUAGCUCCCGUAGCAGUGCAUCACCACGACAGAUGCCUCAUCUUUCAUCAGUUCAAAGUAAUCAACUUUCUGCUUUAUCAUCUGGUUCUGGUCUAACGCCAGCCACAGCGCAAGGAAUAUCUAUUGGUGAUAGAAGCCCUUCUAGUUCGUCAUUGACACCAAGCCAAGGGAGAGCUGGACCAUCAGAGUUCCAGUCAUUAUCAGAGUCCUUGAAAUCUCGAUUUAGUUCUCUGUCAAUGAAAUAUAAAGAAUCCAUCUCAAAGAAUACACGAGGGUGGAAGGAGAGAUUAUUUUCUCGAAGUUCUUCAAUGCCAGAUGCUGGUUCUGCUGGGAGAGAGGCAAAUGCUGGAAUUGCUGGUCUAUCUCACCUAAUGGAACGCCUUGAAACUCAAGAAAAUAGCAGAGCCGGUUCUGUUCCAGCAGUUACUAUUAUAGUGAAUUCGUCACACAAUCUCCAGAGAGACCAUGGUAAUAUGGGUAAUCAUAUAGCAAAUGGUUUGAAUAGGAAAUCAACAGCUCCUGCUGCAAGUUCAGCUCAGAAUUAAGUCUUCUAUUUAAGCAUUUACCUGGCGUCUGUCCUCAGCAUUUCAUCUUUGAAUGUUAUGAACUUUGCCGGGGUUCAAAUAUGACAUCCUGAGGACGAGAUACAUUCUCUUUCAGUCUCGGGCUAGGAGAACAUGAAUGUGAUUUGCCUGUACAUUUUGUUUAAUAUACGUUAGCCCUAAUCAAACAGUGAACACUAAAAUCUGGUAGAGAUCAUUGUGUUGGAUAUUUACAAGAUACAACUUGAUAAAUUUGACAGAUUUAUGUUUUGGUUUAUUAUAUAAACCUACAUAAGUUUUGUUCAGGGGGUGAGGUUGAUAUUGGAGAAACAAAAUAGCUGCAUUUGCUCUUAACCUUUAUUUCCAUUCUAUGGAUGCAUAUUUGGUUA